AUGGAAAUGGAGGUGGACAUCAAAUCCCUCAAAAAUCUAGAACGUGAGAAUAUGCUGGAAGUCCUUCAACGGGAUGAAAAGUUACGUAAAGCUGAAGAAGAGCGGAUAAGAAAGUUAAAGUCUGAAUAUCAAGAAAUUUGGCGGAAUGGGACAAAAAUCUCUCAGCAGGCAUUUAGCAACCGAUCCUGUGCUCGAUGUCAGACCACCCUAGGAUUGGUAUUUAAAGUUGGUGUGGUGUGUAGCUAUUGCAGUCACAAAGUGUGCCAUGAAUGCUGUGUGUAUAAAAAGAAUAAUGUGUGGAGAUGCAUGGUGUGUCAAGCUCACAGACAAAUGAAGGAGAAAUCUGGAGAAUGGUUCAUUGAGGAAAGAGCGAAGAAGUUUCAGCAGGAGAAAGGUAAACAUGAAACAGUUAGUGAGAAGCUGUUACAGACUUUUCAAACACUGAGUAAUAUUGCCAUUGUACCUCCUACUCCUCCGCCUGUGGAACUUUUAAAGGAAGAUAAGCACUCAAAAGGAUUCACCAGAUCAAUGGAGAAUUUGUUUUGGUCGCUCACUGGCCACAUCAAACAAAUCUCCAAGUCCCAAGAAGAUGUGAUGAAGAGCAAAUUACUUACAGCAAAUUAUGGGACAGAAGGCGGUGAACUAAAGAAAGAGAGAAGAAGUCAGUCGGAUACAGCUUUAACCAGCUCUUGUAAGCUGUCAACCUCAGCAAGUCUCCUCAAAGUCAACAAGCAAGAUGAAAAAGAUGGAGGAACUUUACAUGAAAUGGAUUUGCAGCAGACAGAGGAAGUCAAUUAUAUAUCAAGUCAACUCUGUGCAAAAAGAAGAAGCCUGGUUUAUACUCGAUAUGAAACACCACAGUGGGAUAGCAUAUACAGCAUCAACAGCACGUGCACAGAACCAGAGACUUUGGACAAUGUGAAUGUUACUGGCGAAAUUGAGCUAUGUAUACAGUACAAUUUUCAGGCUGUGGCACUGGAAAUCCACAUUAAAGGAUGCAAAAAACUAGCUUAUGGCGAUGAGAAAAAAAAACGAUGUAACCCGUAUGUGAAGACCUAUUUGCUUCCUGACAAAUCUCCUCAGAGUAAGUUGAAGAGCACAGUGAAGAAGAACUCGGUGAAUCCAGUUUUUAAUGAAAUAUUAAGGUAUAAUAUUGAAAGAUCGCAGUUGAACUCAAGGACACUUCAAGUCUCUGUUUGGCACUGUACAAUGCUCAAACGGAAAGUGUUUCUCGGAGAAUUGCUGAUUCCUUUUGGAGAUUGGAAAUUUGAAGAGAAUUUCACUCAGUCAUAUAACUGGUACCACCUACAAGAUAAGAUACUGCCAGACUAGAAGAAUUAUGUAGCUUCAGGUAGAAGUAACCAUUUCCAUGAACAAUUGCACCGUGAAAGACAUUUCCGGGAAUUAAAUUUCCAGGCUGCUAAGGGAAAAGAUCGGAAGUGAACCCUCAGGAGCAAAGAAUCAUUUUGGACUGAUUCUAGGAGAUUUGAAUGUUUACUUAAUGUGUAAUGUGUACUU